AAAAGCUGAGGAUCUUCUUGGUAUCUCAUCAGUCGUAAAACAACGACGAACCGACGUCAAUAGCGCAACACCAUGAACGCUAAGCUGUUUAUUAUCUUCGCCGUCCUGGCAGUAGCUUUUGCCGAAGACAAGCCAGAAGCGCAGGAAGCGCAGGAAGCGCAGGAAGCGCAGGAAACGAAAAAGGAAAAACGAGGACUUUAUAAUCUGGGAUACGGAGGAUACGGAGGAUACGGAGGAUACGGAGGAUUAAACGGAUACAGCGGGUACAACGGAUACAGCGGAUACGGUGGAUAUGGCAGUCUAGGAUACAGUAGUUACAGCGUACCGGUCAGCCAACCUAUCUCUGUUGUGACCAAGGAAGUGGCUGUUCCAGUAGCGCAUCCAGUUCCUGUCCCGGUCGACAGACACAUUCCUGUUCCGGUUAAGGUACCAGUGGCAGUGCCAGUGGACCGUCCCGUGCCAGUGCACGUCCCGAAACCGUACCCAGUCGAAGUGACCAGGCACGUUCCGGUGCCGGUCGACAGACCAGUCCCGGUACCAGUCAGCGUUCCAGUCAAGGUUCCGGUGCCGUACGCGGUCAAAGUAGCCCAACCGUACGCCGUCCCGAUCGUGAAACAAAUCCCAGUGUCGUACGUGCAGCCGCAGGUCGUCUAUGAGAAAUACAGCCAUGGCUGGCCGAGCGCUUACUCUGGUUACUCUACCGGCUACUCCUCUUGGUAAACUCGGCGGUCGAUGUUGAAGGUAUCCGGGGAACUGGCUUCGAGUCAUCGUAAAACGUGAUGGCAUCCUGCGACUGUAGAGAAAGUUCAUCGUUUCUUGAAUAUUCGCAAGAUCGGACAAAAGGGCCCUGAAGAAUUUCGCAUCGUUCACUUUCUUCGUUUUAUUAAUACUGAUUAUGCCUGAUGAUGGACAAGGAUUGGCUUCCCUGGAUGUUGGAUGAGGUCACUUUAGGUGACUCGUGAAGAAGUGAGAAGGACAGACGCAGUCGAGCAUUUGUUAGUCUUAAGUUCUGUUCAUGAAACCUUGUUUCUUCUUUACAUGUAAUCUGGUGCUCAUUUUACAUCAUAGAAAUAAAUUUUCGUACUAAACA